UAUAUAUAUUAUAUGAGGAUUACUUAGGGCAACUACUCAGGGCAACUCAGCUGCCACGGGCUGAGUGAGGCGUUUUUGUUCUAUGGAAGUUAAAUGACUUGGGAAGCUAUAAUUAGCUACGGUUAGCUAGCUUCAAAUGGCUACCCAUUCGAUAACAUGCACACUAAGAUGCCAUUUUCGGAAUCCCACAAGCAUCGAGCUCAAAUGGGGGGCAUCAUUUCAUUACUAAUGGUGGGAAAAUGUUGUAAUUUCAGGAUUUUUUGGGGGGUAAUCGGGACGUUUAUAUAAGAAACUAAACAACCAACCUUCUCUCUGGUCAGCCGUCGCCAUUUUGAAAAAACGAAUUAUGUCACCAGGAUGUUGACAAUGCUAAAACACGCCCACGUCGUGAUGCUCUGCCACGUCAGUUGAAAUGCUGUGCACCAGCUCAAUUAGGCUCAGCAAUUUAGCAUCUUUAUUGCCAAAGAAACAUUGCUGCAACUUUCCCCCCGACGAGAAAGAUGUCAAAGAAGUGUGAGGAGAAUUGUUAAAGUGAAAACUGAGAUCAAAUGCUGUGAAAGGCACGUAACGAGUGAUGCAUUGCAGUCAUCGCUAAACCAGUCAGUAAAGGAAAAAACGGCUAACUAACAAACGAGUGUCAAUGCAUUUUAUUGAAUAGAUAUUUGAGCCAUUUCAUCAUGAUUGCAUUUGUCAGGAAACGUGUGAUAUGUUGCUUUAUUGCAAAAUAUGUCAAAUACAUGUACACGGCAUGUUUUAUUAAAUGUUUUUAGGAUAAUCGUGGUAAUAAAUACGAGUGGUUUGUAGAGGGAAAACAAUUUUUUGAGAUUACAGAACGCUAGAGCAGGGAAGUCAUAUGGUGGGAUGCGGGUGCUCCUAUUGGCGGAAGACGGGGGAGAGGGCGUGGCUAGAGCGGCGCGUGGGUUCGCUUGGGUGACACAAUUAUAACAACUUUAUCUUCGCGGCGGAAACGCGGUUUAUUCUCAAAUUCUCACAUCUUGGAUACUAUAUUCCGUUUUUUGCAUUCAAAUAGCGCAACAAGAUCACUUUGUGAUGAAAAAUGUGACGUUUGACGAGCUACCCGGAGAGCGCUUCUGUCCCCCCCGAAAGGAUUUACUACAUCGAAUCGCAUCUUUUCAUCCUGGGAAAAAGUUUUUGAUCCUUUUGUUUUCUUCGGUUUUUCUUCUUUGAUUCGGCGGAGCAAACCCUUUGUCCCCGCGUCGCGAUUUUCCAUGCAAUCGUGCGGCGUGUCUCUCGCCGUUGCUGCCUGCGCUGCUGCCCGGAGUCUCGGCUCGGCUUCUUCUGGUGGUGAUGAGGGAAAGAAAAUGGCGGCGGGAAAAGCGAGUGAAACAGAGGAGGACUUUCCGACACUGACAGCCCAGGAGAGGGACAGUUUGGCCGCGAUCGACAGCUCACUGUUUGGAUUUCAGAAGCUUCAUGAAGAUGGCGCCAGAACGAAGGCCCUGUUGAUGAAGGCCGUUCGCUGUUACGAUUCGCUCAUCCUUAAGGCCGAGGGCAAAGUGGAGCCGGAGUUAUUCUGCCAGCUCGGCCACUUCAACCUCCUAUUGGAGGAUUACCCGAAAGCAUUAUCGGCAUACCAGAGGUACUACAGUUUACAGUCAGACUACUGGAAGAAUGCUGCCUUCCUGUAUGGCCUGGGAAUGGUCUACUUCCACUAUAAUGCCUUUCAGUGGGCGAUCAAAGCAUUCCAGGAGGUGCUGUACAUUGACCCGGGUUUCUCCCGGGCCAAGGAGAUCCACCUGCGCCUGGGUCUCAUGUUCAAGGUCAACACAGACUAUGAGUCGAGCCUAAAGCAUUUUCAGCUGGCUUUGAUCGACUCAAACCCCUGCACUUUGUCCAAAGCUGAAAUUCAGUUCCACAUCGCUCAUUUGUAUGAGAUUCAGAAGAGACACCGGGCCGCCAAGGAGGCCUACGAGAGCCUCCUGCAGACGGAGGAUCUCUCUGCACAGGUGAAGGCCACUACCCUGCAGCAGCUAGGCUGGAUGCAUCACACGGUGGAGCAGCUCGGGGAGAGAGCCAGCCGGGACGGCUAUGCCAUCCAGUGUCUGCAGAAAUCUCUGGAGGCCGACCCCAACUCUGGACAGACUUGGUACUUCCUCGGCAGGUGCUACUCUAGUAUCGGGAAGGUCCAGGACGCCUUCAUCUCCUAUCGGCAAUCCAUAGACAAAUCGGAGGCCAGCGCAGAUACCUGGUGCUCUAUAGGGGUGUUGUACCAGCAGCAGAAUCAGCCCAUGGACGCCCUGCAGGCCUACAUCUGCGCCGUGCAGCUGGACCACAGCCACGCCGCCGCCUGGAUGGACCUGGGCACGCUGUACGAGUCGUGCAACCAGCCGCACGACGCCAUCAAGUGCUACAUCAACGCCACGCGCAGCAAGGGCUGCACCAACACCACGGCGCUGACCCACCGCAUCAAAUGCCUGCAGGCUCAGUUGAGUAACCCCCAGCUCAGUAGCCCACAGGGUAAAAGUAAAAUGCUCCCUCUUAUUGAUGAGGCAUGGAGUCUGCCAAUCCCAGCCGAGCUAACCUCCAGGCAGGGAGGCCUGAGCAGUGCACCACAGCAGGCUUGUAAGCCCAAUCACAGCGCAGAGGGCGGGGUUCAGUCUCUGCCCACCCACGUGGGCACGCUGGGCCAACCGGAGGACCAGUCCUGCGCGGCCAAGAGGAGGAGAGCCUCCAGCCCCUCCAAGGGCGACUCAUGGGUCAGUAAUCCACCACAGCAGCCAGUGCCCAACUGGUACCUCUCCCCGCAGAAAUUGCAGGCACUGGAACAGUUGCGGAGCAACCGGGCCGGCCUGAAGCCCCCUCAGCUUCAGAUGCUGGGGCAACUGGAGGCUCAGUUCGCCAUGAUGCAGCAGCACCAGCACCAGAUGAGACAGAACGCCUCAGGAGGUCAGGCGCGCCCCUCGCUCCCCAAUGGCCCCACCGCCAACUCCCUCCCCUCCCCCAACCCCAGCCUGCACCCCGCCCGGCCCCACCCGGGACCCCACCGGCCCCUCUGUCCGCCGCAGCCGCUGGCCAACGGGCCGGUGGGCCCCGGGCCACACGGACACUCAGACGGCGCCCCCGACGGCAGUAACGGUAGUAAUAAUCAGCCGGGGCCCGCGGCCACGGGACCCAACGGAGACGUGCCUUACCUGCAACCGGCCGGCGGCGGCGGCGGCGACGCAGCACUGCUACCUCACACCUGCACAAGCGCGCAGACGCAGGACGCCGCGGCGCGCCAGGCCCUGCACCUAAACUCCUCUCAGGGGCUUCAGAAGGGGGGGGGCGUUCCCCAUGCGACGGGCUCCGCCAGCGAGGGGACCCUCUCUCACCCCCAGACCCCUAACUCCUCCAUGGCCCCCGCGCACCCCAACAAUCAGGCUGGACAUUCCACUGGUGCCCCGUCGCCGCGACAGCCGGCCCACAACCACCUCCCGUCGCCCCCCUCCCUGCCUCACCCCUCUACCUCAGGUGGAGCGGCACCCGGUGCGUCCGCUACCAAAGAUAGCAGCGCGGGCGCCCCCGCCCCGGCCGGCGGGGCCUCCGAAGGAGAGUCGGCGCCGCCGAGGACGCCCGCAGACCACCUGGCCAAUCACGUGCACUCUGGUGCCAAGGGGGCGGAGGGUGGCGAGAAGCCGAGCCUUAGCGUGGACAAUCCUAGACUAUCAGCCCUUUUGGCGGGGGGGAAGUGCCCCGUGGAGUGCGCGGGGCCGUCGCAGGGGGCGGCGUCCGGCGCGGCGGAGCCCCACAAGAAGGUGAACAACGUCCACCCGGCCGCGCUUCCCUCCACCCCCCACGCGCAGGGCAGCUCCGCCGCCUCCUCGCCGAUCUCUGCCAUAUCCACCGCCACGCCCUCGCCCAAAUCCUCAGAGCACACGCAAACCGGCGGCCACAGUCCCGCCACCGCCGCGCCCACCGUCAACGGCAACGGCAAGGGAGGCAUCUCCGAGGACUCGCAGAGCCCGCUGAAGGCCGAACCGCCCGCCGCCGCCGCCACCGCCACCAGUCUCAAAGCUACCCCGCCGCACGCACACAGCUCCUCUUCCUCCUCCUCGUCGUCCUCGUCGUCCUCGAUAUCCAUCUACCCGAGCUCCACGGACGUGCUGAAGGCGUGCAGAAACCUGGGGAGGAACGGUCUCUCCAACAGCAGCAUCCUCCUUGAUAAGUGCCCCCCGCCCCGGCUGCCCCCUCCACCGUCACCGGUCCUGCCCAAAGACAAGCUCAACCCUCCCACACCCAGCAUCUAUCUGGAGAACAAGAGAGACGCUUUCUUCCCCCCACUGCACCAGUUCUGCACAAACCCCUCCAACCCCGUCACGGUCAUCAGAGGACUGGCCGGAGCACUCAAACUGGAUUUGGGUCUGUUCUCCACAAAGACGUUGGUGGAGGCGAACCCGGAGCACCUGGUGGAGGUCUGGACCCAGCUCUCGCAGCCCGCCGACGAGAACUGGGACCCGGCCGGCACCAAGAAGAUGUGGCGCUGCGAAAGCGCCCGCGCCCACACCACCAUCGCCAAAUACGCCCAGUACCAGGCCGCUUCCUUCCAGGAGUCCCUACGGGAGGAAAACGAGAAGAAGGCGUUAAAGGAGCCCUCAGACACAGAGCCAGCAUCAGCAGAAAGUGUCGCGCGCAAAAGACGGGGACCCUUGAAGCACAUCAAGUUCGGAACCAACAUCGACGUGUCGGACGAAAGGAAGUGGAAACAGCAGCUGCAGGAGCUCAGCAAACUGCCAGCCUUCGCCCGCGUCGUAUCGGCCGGAAACCUGCUGAGCCACGUGGGUCACACCAUCCUGGGCAUGAACACCGUUCAGCUCUACAUGAAGGUCCCCGGGAGCCGGAUAGCAGGUCACCAGGAGCACAACAACUUCUGUGCCGUGAACAUCAACAUCGGGCCGGGAGACUGCGAGUGGUUCGCCGUGCCGGAGCCCUACUGGGGGGUGAUGAGCACCUUCUGUGAAAAGAACAACAUCAACUUCCUGAUGGGCUCGUGGUGGCCUAACCUGGAGGACCUGUACGAGGCCGACGUGCCCGUCUACCGGUUCAUCCAGCGGCCGGGCGACCUGGUGUGGCUGAACACCGGCACCGUCCACUGGGUGCAAGCCAUCGGGUGGUGCAACAACAUCGCCUGGAACGUCGGACCUCUCACCGCCCACCAGUACAAGCUGGCUGUGGAGCGCUACGAGUGGAACAAGCUGCAGAGCGUCAAAUCCAUGGUUCCCAUGGUGCACCUCUCCUGGAACAUGGCGCGCAACAUCAAAGUGUCCGACCACAAGCUGUUUGAGAUGAUCAAGUACUGUCUGCUGCGGACGUUGAAGCAGUGCCAGUGGGUGAAGGAGGCCCUGGUGUCGGCGGGCAAGGAGACUGUGCUGAGGCCGAGGACCCGGGACGAGCCGGCCCACUACUGCACCAUCUGCGAGGUGGAGGUGUUCAACCUGCUGUUUGUGCGCCGCGAGCUCCUGUCCAAGAAGCAGCACGUGGUCCACUGCCAGGACUGCGCCCGGAAAGGCAGCGCCGCGCUGGACAACUUUGUGGUGCUGGAGCAGCACAGGAUGGAGGACCUGAUGCAGGUCUACGACCAGUUCACAUUAGCUCCUCCUCUUCACUCCUCUUCAUCUUGACAUUAGGUGACACCCCUUUCUUCGUCUUAUGCCGUGGAGCUGCGGGAACUUGUGUCGACAGUCAAAUGAAACGCGGACCAUUUCUGAUAUUCAGGAAAGCCGAGGCUGUCUCCCCGACCCCACCCACCCACCCAUUACGGCUGGUCUCCAUAGCGACGGCCGGAGGCUGAGGCGGCCAGUGUGUCUGUCUAUGCAACCUGUUUUUGAAGUGCUGGGGCCCUGUCUUUCCAGAAGGGGGCGCCAACAGGAUUCGUUUGUCCCUCCAGCCCCUCUAGAGACAAUGGUUCAGGCCUGUUUUAAUGAAGGACUUAAUCAAAAACGGUUGGGAACGGGGGGAGGGGUGGGAUUCUUAAUGCGUGAUUAAAACUGUUUUGUAGAUACUUGUUAACUGUCACAACUGGCAACACCACCCUUAAAAGACUACUGACUUGACAAGCUUUCUCUCCCGCCCUCUCUCUCUCCAUCUUUGUUUUCUAUUCUGGUAACAGGAUGAAAUGGCUUUGAUUUUAUAGAAUUUCCCCAAAAAUGAUGUUUUUCCUUCUAAGGAGCACUAGCCUAACUGGUCUUUUUCUAUGGUAGAUAGUAAUUUAAGACUCUUUGGAAAGCAAAAUCUCCCCCAAAAAAUGUGUAAUGUGAAAGAGUUAUGGUGAUUUUCUUUCUUCCUUUUUUUCACAGCUUUUGUUUCGUUCUUUUCAAAUGAUGUUCAGUUUGUUUCUAGAUUUAAAGAAAAAGAGAAAAUGUAGGGUAAAAAAACUUACUAGCCAAGUCACAAAGAGAAUGGGUUGCACAUAGACUUAUGGAAAAAGUUUAAUUUGUGAUUUUUGUUUUGUUAUGUUUCUAAUCUUGAUGUAAAUUUACACUAUUUAUAAAUACAUAUUUAUUGCUUGAAAAUAUUUGUUGAUGGAAUGCUGUUAUUUUUUUCCAGAGUACCUGCCAUUAAAUUUGAAGGAGUUUUGUCAUUUUAACACAACUCCUCUUACAUUUUCUAUAUAUAAAUAAAAUUGCUUAGCAAGCAUUGUACAGAAACGGACGUUUAAAAAUUGUUUUAUUGUUUGAAGAAUGUUUUAUGAUGAGUCAAUAAACACAACGUUGUCAAAUGA